AUGUCAGUCCUCGCCACUGCCGCUGACCCGGGGUCGUCGAUCACGGCGUUCCUGCCCUCCGGUGAGACCAUGCCGAUCACGAGCGGGGUGCUAUCGGGCGAAAUGGCCGUCGUGAGAUCUGGGGUGUUGACUUUGUCUGUUACGGCGUCAGACAACGUGACGAAUCAAGUCUACUACUUCCGCUUGGAGCUUCUGCAAGGCCUAGACGCCUCACUCCAGCUCCUCUAUCUGAGCGCCGGACCCCUGUCCCCACCAUUCUCCCCGGCCAUCCUCAACUACACAGUCACCGUCACAUCCGUUGUCGGGAUCGGAACGCUGCUGGCGGUCAGCACUGACUCCGGAGCAUCCAUAUCGGCCAACUCAGGCACGGCGAAAAAGAGCCAGAUCAGCCAGUCCGUUCCGAUCCCUCGCGGUGCCUCUCUCCUCAAGGUUAUGGUUACGUCAGAGAGCCUGACCAACGUCACACUGUACACCAUCACAAUCCAGGCGCCUCUGAGCCCCCCUCCUUCCAGCUCCGUUACUCCUGCCCCCAUCCCGCUAGGACCUAAGCCACCGCCUCCCACCUUUUCCGCCCCGCCCCCGCCCCUGGAAGUUGACUCACCGGUGGUCCACUUUCUGUUGGGGCCCUUAUCGCCGACCAGCAGCCAAUCUGCGCAGCUCUCUUUCUACGCGACGGAGGGCCCCCAGAAAGCAUGCCCCAACUGCAUCUUCUACUGCGCUCUCGACUCAGCCCCGCUCCAACCGUGCACCUUCACCGGGCCCCCCACUCUAGAUCCCGCUCUCCAGCAGCUAGUUUACACGGUCUCGGUAUCCGCUCUGAUUGAGGGAGCGCACAGCUUUCAAGUCAGGGCGUCCGGUACGGUAGGGAAACUUAGCGCCUUCAACAGUUACGAUUGGGUUAUCGACUGGACGCCCCCGGUUACUUACAUAACCGCCAACGUUCCCAGCAACCGGCCGACCAGCAUUCAGAACGUAGCCUUCAGUCUGAACGUGGUAGACACGGCAUCCGACGGGACUUCAGCGGUUCUUUGCCCGGCUUGCCAGUCCCAGUGCGCCAUAGACCAAGGACCUCUCUUCCUGUGUCCGCAAUCCAAGCCGAUCGCUUUCUUCCUGGGAGCUGGUCAGCAUACCUUUGCUGUGACGAGCAUCGACGUGGCUGGAAACGAGGAGUCGCCGCCAGUUCGGUUGAACUUCGUGAUUGAAUUGACCCCCCCGGAAGGCCGUCUGACCGGACAGCCCCCGGUCCUGACUCCGUCGAACUCGGCGAGCUUCUUCUUCGUGGGCAGCAUCGCCGGGGCCCAAGCCCGGUGCGCCGGGUGCACGUUCCGGUGCCAGCUCGACCAGCAAUCAGCCCGGUCGUGUCUCCCGGGCAGCGGAAACACAGCUGGAGCUACGUACAGAAACCUCACGAACGGCGCGCACUCCUUUCGCCUGACCACCACCGACCCCGACGGCGUCCUCAGCUCGACCCUGAUCUACAACUGGACCGCCGUUCUAGUUGGCCCCGACGUGGGCAUCUUCUACAAGCCGCCCCCUGAUACCGCACUCUCAAACGCCACCUUCAAGUUCUCGGCGCUUGCCUUCGGUGCAAACGCCUCGUCUCCGUUUCUCACUUCCAACCAGUCGGUUCCCUGCCCCGGGUGCCUCUUCUACUGCUCCAUCGAUACCGGCGCCGCCGUGGUAUGCGACCCGGGUGCCGGUUUCACGUCUACCGGCCUCUCAGAAGGCGCUCACACAUUCUCGGUGCGCGCGGAAGACGUCUUUGGCAACGUGGGGGCGCCGACGGCCUACACGUGGCGGGUCAACUUCAGCCUGCCGCUCGGGAGCGUCAUAUCCGGGCCGCCGCUCUUUGGGGUGACGAACAGCACGUCAGCGGUAGUGACGUUCUUGGGCACUCUGCGGAACUUGCCUUGUGCCGGCUGCACGUACAGUUGCCAGGUUAACGGUAACCCUUUUGUGGAUUGCGACGCGGCCACGCCUCUCAAGCUCCUCAACCUGCAACAAGGGCAGCAGAGUCUCGUCGUCCAAGUGAAUGACGUCAGCGGCGCCUCAAGCCUCUCAUGGCCGUACCAGUGGUUCGUCGACACAGUACCUCCAACGGUCGCAAUUCUCUCCGGCCCUGCUCCGUUGACGGGCCAUCCGUCCGCCCAGUUCGCUCUUUCCGCCACGGACACGCUGCCCAACGGAACGCCCACGGCCUGCGCCGAAUGCAGCUACCGGUGCUCUCUGGAUGGGGCCCCUUUCCAGCCCUGUCAAAACCCGGUCGUUCUGUCCAACCUGGGGUCCGAUGACUUCAUCACAGCCCACGUGUUCCGUGCGGUUGCUGCUGACGUGGCAGGCAACGUAGCGCUUAUUCCGGCCGUGUACGGUUGGGUUGUCGACCGCCGCAAGCCGGUCAUUCAGCUCGUGAGCGGCCCCUCCAACCCGAGCAACGCGCGGAACGGAACCGUUCACUUUGACGCGCGCAGCACCGCCGAUUCUGCCGGGUGCCAAAACUGCACGGCCUACUGCGUCAUCGACGGCGGGGAGCCCUUUCUAUGCAGCGAUGAUGACGUCAGCUUUGCAAGCCUUUCCUUCACCGAUCUGCCCGCCGGCCUGCAUACCGCCACGGUCUCUUUCAGCAACGCGCUCGCCGUCUCGGCAAGCUACACCCAUUCCUGGGUCGCUGACUUCACACCCCCCGUGCCUGACGUCACCCUCCCGGCGUCGCCCGUCCGUGAGAACCCGGUUCCCGUCCUCGUAACCUUCAGCGAGGCUUGCCUCGAGUUCACGUGCGACAGUGUGACGUCAUGCGAAGUCGCCGUGGUCGGGACGGCGCUUCCAGCACCAAAUACGUGGCGCUCUCUGGGGGAGCGGCAGUACACGGUUCUCAUUGAUGUAAUAAGAGAUGGACCAUUAACCAUAAGCAUUCCGACCGGGGUGUGCCAAGAUGCUGCGUGGAACCCCAACGCACCAGCAACUUUCUCCGUGAACUUCCAAGCGAAUCCGCCUCAACCGGUCCUCUCGACCACGAUUGUCCCAGUAAGAGUUAGUGUCAACGGAGUUAGUACGCCUCUGUGGGCUACGAACUUGGCACCGAUCCCGUUCUCCGUGGAGUUCACUGAAGCGGUCAGUGGUUUUGAUGUGAAUGGGAUAUCGGCAAACGGCGGCCAGAUAAGGAGGCUGAAAAGCUCCUCAACCGGGCACUCAGCGGUUAGCCCGGGCUCUUCGUCAAACGUGGUAGGCCAGGAGAGUUUAGUCAGUAUAGGCGCAAACGCGACGGUGGCGCGAAGUUUCAGCAGAGCGUACACGUUCGAAGUCUGGCCGCUCGCCAACGAGCGGGUCACCGUCCAGAUUCUAGCGGACAGCUGUACGGACGCAAUUGGCAGUCCGAACGAGGCCUCGGACGCGGUGUCCGUGCUCUUCGACACCUCAGAACCGACGGUCGCGCUCAGCGUCAGCAGCUCCUCGGCCACCUCCAUCAAAAUACGUGUACAGUUUAGCGAGCGGGUCUUAGUUCCAUUGAACGGCUCAAACGCCGCAGAACUAGAGCGCGCAGACUUCGGAGCAUCGCAGCUAAGCACCAGCAGUUGCAGCGUGAGUGAUCUCGUAGCGCUGAGUGAUGGGCGCAGCUACCUAGCAACGGUAGCGCAAGAGGGGAGUGUCCGGCAGGGAAUGGUCUGGAUCUCCGGCGGUGCGGUAGUGGACCUGGCAGGUAACCCAAACGUGGAUUCGAAGGUUCUGCCGGUCGACUUUGGUGGCGUGCUGGGGAGUCUCAUCGCGACCGACAGCCUCGCGACCACCGUCGGGAUCUCCCUCGGGGCAGCCGCUCCAGCCUUGCUCCUAGGCAUUUUCGCUAGCGUUUCGGGAGUCGGUGCUGCUGGUUUACCCGCCUGGGCACCCCUGGCCACACCAUACGUGGUUCAAGGAAACCUGCUGGGCGCGAUUGGGACCGUCCAAACGUUCGCCCUGCUUCGAAAGCUGGGCGUCCGGCAGUCGGAGGCUUUCUCGAACAUGGCGUCACGCCUGGCCUGGGUGAAUUUUGAAAGCACUUCCGCGGCGAUUGCUGCUAGCGCCCCGUCAGUGAAGCAAAGCGUUCCGGGCCAGAGGAGGCGUCUCUUGCAACUUGACGAAAGCGGAACAAGGGCGGCGUCGCCAAGCGGGCUGGAACCUGGAGGCUGGGGGCCUUCCGGGCUCAUCUUAAUGCUUGUCGCCGUCACUCUAUCGGUGGCCUCCAUUCUGCGACUGGUACUAGACUUCGCGUUCACGCGCCUCCUAAAACGGCGUCUCCUCCCGAACCUUCUGUUUCCAAGGCUGGAGCUCUUCGCCGGCCUGGUCUGCUUCUACGGUUUGACGCAGGCUUGCGCAGCGCUAGUUAGAGGAGGAUCUCCGGGCCAGGUCUUCGCCGGCGCGCUUCUGCUCGUCCUCCUCCCCUUUUCGCUAAUUCUGGCUCUGCUAGCGUUUCUCACCUCCUCCCUUAUCCUGGAUUCCGAAUCCCGGUUCGAAGAGGAAUGGAAGCCGCCUGCGAAGCGCACCUGGAAAGCGCGCGCGGCCGCGGUGCUCGUCGGCCGUGCGUGCCCCGGGAGAUGGGUAAACUACGUGGCGGAUGACGACACCCGUCCGCGAUCUCGCUUCGUCGGACGCUUUGGACUGCUCUUUGAGGCGCUCCGCCCGCCGUCGGACGCUAGGCUCUUCGUUCUAGGCAGAGCCCGAGAAAAAACCUCUGCAACCAUUCAUAAUAGACUCCGGGACUCAGUAGGACAUCGGAUAGAAAGCGCACGCAGAAACGCGGAACGGGACGGCGAGUCUUCAUUCAACGUGCUGGUAGUACCUCUGCAAAACCCACAGGAAGUUUCCGAGGGAUCCCCCGCCAGUUUCGUCGGCGCGGCCCGCGUCCUCAUUCGCAUGCUGCGGACCUGCCACGUGGCAGCCGUGCUCACCAAGCGGCUCCUUUUCGGCGCGCUCUUGGGCGCGGCAGGGCGCCGCGCCGCCGGGGCCGCUCCGAGCCUCGCCCAGGUGUGGGCGCUCCUGAUGACGUCAGCGGCUUACGCCACGUGGCUUGUCGUGGGCAAGCCUUACGUCAGCAGGGCCGUUCAGGGCGUUGAGAUUUUGACGGCCCUGCUAGAGCUUCUCACGCUGUGCCUGGCGCUGCAGUCUGGACGGGCGGAGCUUAAGGCUUCCCAAGACGGGACCGUGUCUGAGGGAAGCGUGAGGGCUUUCGGAACGGCCAUGCUCGUAUUCCAGUUGCUGGCGAUAACCGCGCAAACCGGGUAUCAGUGGUGGGCGGUUUUCGUGGAAUUGAGGGCUCGGUGGCGCCUCUGGGCGCGGGCGAGAGAGCGGACAGCGGUCGCCGAAAAAAUGGGGCAAACGGUUCGGGCGCGAGGGUUAGCGAAGGGCAAGCAACGAGGCGGGAAGCGACACCUGUCGCCGAAUGUAAGGUCGCGGGAGCUCAAUGGGGUGUGGCCGGAUCAGUCAAGGGCGGAAGUGUGGCCGGAUCAGUCAAGGGCGGAAGGACAGCCAAACGGAAUACGGUACCCGAAAAGCGCCCACGUUAGAAGGGGACGGGGAGCGGCGAAGGCGGCCACGUCACCACCUCCCGCGCGCGAGCAGAACGGCGGUGCGAAAAACGGGACCCGUGCCUUGCACCGGGGGGGGCUGAAGCGAAGGGUUUCACGCGGGGAAGAGCACGCAAACGGUGAAAGUAAACACAUGACGAUGCGUUCUGAAGGGAGAGUAGAGCAUCGGCGGGGCGGCGUUCGAAAACGCGCCGAAUUGGACGUUCGAUCGGAGCGCCGCGCAAGAGAGCGGAAGGGCGGGGAGAACGGAGCGGACAUUCUGGACGAGGUGGUGACACGUGGCACGUCGGACCGUGAAGAGACCUAUUGGCAGGAGGCCAGGAUCCGCGACUGGGCGAGGCAGUCCGCUGAGAAUCUUGUGGCAGAUCGGGCCGACGUCAGGGGCGUGCGGUUUGAAGACGCCAGUGACGUCACCAAGGAGUCUAGAGAGGGUUCUGGUGCGCUCAAUGGACUUGCACGCGUGUUGAGGUUUUCAGAGGCAAGCGCGCUCGUUGGGAAUGGUAACGGGUCGCUCACGGCAUCGUCUGGCCCUGAGUAUCUGUUGUCAAAGAUGAGAGAAGGGGGCAUGCAAAAGCUGUUGAGACUGAAGAGCCGGAGGCAGGAGAGGGGAUUGUCUAGCUUGACCGUUUUUGUGGUUUCGGAAGCAGAGUCUGACGAAGCGGAGGGCGAUGAGGCAAGAGCAGCUUCUGGUGUUGCAGGUCGUCGAGCGAACCUGUCGGCUUUCACAUUUUAAGGCAUUCUUCCUAAAUUGUCGGGGCGAUGCUCGUUCCCAGGACUAGAUGAUUGAGUUAGCUUGUUAGGGUAAAACUGCGCAGCUAGUCGCGGCGGCCAAGAAGUGCAGUACAUGAGUUAUGCAUUAGAAAACGAGUCGAGGUCUUAAUAGCAUUUGUCCGAAAAAAUGGAUUCCUGUCCUUGUGCACAUAUUGCUGAUGUUCUCGAAACUGUAGCUC